AUGGCAUCGAUAUCAUUUAGAGACAGCAUUGCCUGCCUCGGCUCUCAGGGACUAGGGUCGUCAACGAUGGGGGCCCACUGGAUUCUGAAGGUCCUGAAGUAUUUUGACAACUUUCCGCCUCUUGACGGCGGCGAGCUGGAUCGCCGCAUCGUUUUCAUCAUCCGCAUCGGAGGCAUAGGACUGCCCAAGGAUAUGAUCAAUCCUUUGUUUCGGUGCAUCAACAGCUGCUUUGCCGUUUGGCGCGAGGAUUUGGCCAAGUUUGUGCUCGAUUCGCUGAAUGAAAUCGGCGAAAUCCGUGAGCUGGAUCGCGAAAUACUCAAUACUGCAGUCAUCAAGAUCCUCGAGCAGGGCAGUGGAAAUGAAGUCUAUCGCGCCAUCCUCCAUGUGGUGAAGGACGGUCAUCCCCAGAGAUACCUGGGAAUAGCGAGCAACGACAUAGUAUUACCACUCAAGAAGGUCAUGAUACUGUCGCACGGCUUGAGUCAGACUUUGUGUGGUAGAAGCCAAGCAGAGCAUGAGCACGAUCAAUCUCUCAACCCUCCUCUUUGUUUGCUCGAUCCGCUUAAAGAACAGUUCCCGCGGUAUUUUCUGGAGGCGCACGGCCCACAGAAAAUGAUCAAAGCCCUGGCGGUAGUAGAGUCUGGCGAUAGCAAAAGCAUCUUUGAGACGAUUCAAAAAGUGAUCCGGGAACAGUGGCUACAGACAUCAGUUGAUCGCAACCAAAUGAUUGAUCAGCUGGCAGAAGCAAAGGCAACACUGAUUCUUCGGUUCGAGGAAGCAAUCGUACGCCUCUCAGAGCUCAUCAAAUUAGCUUCAGUCCUCAAGCUACCAAAGGCACUGAGGAGUCAACUCAGCGACUCGCUCACGCCGAAACUCCCAAAGAAAACGAUGCACAAGGCUCUAUUGGAGAUCGUUGUGCCUACCCCCAAAGCAAGCGUACCUGGGCUGGCACAGUCGCUAGUCUUGACAACACCUACCCAGAAACCGACAUUGACAAUCGAUUUGGAUCGCCGACUUGAGGAUAUCGAUGGUCAAAAGAGGGCCCAAAUGAUCGAACGCGAGCUGUCUAUCUUGAUUUCAAAACUCGCCCUGCGAGUGCCCUUUAUCAUCCCAGGGAUGGCCGCUGAUCGUGAUGAGAAAAUGACUAUCCUCGCCCAACUCAAGAAGACUCUGUCAACUCGGCCAGGCUUGUCGUCGGAGCUCUUUGGAUACAUCAUCGAAGAGCUCGUUGGGGCUGGAGUCGCUUUCCGCGAAGAUGAACCGAUCUUCAUGGCAGUCCUGGGGAUACUCCGAGUGUUAAUCGAAGAUCCGAAUAAUGCAAAACGCAUGGCGUCAGCUACAUUCGUUCAGUUUCUAGUCAGUGGACUACGCACGUACCAUCUGUCGCAUCUUGAACAAUUGCUGCUCAUGCUCAGCAAGCUAACGGAUUCCGACGACUAUGCGGACGAAAUUGUGAAAGCAGGACCAAUUUCGCUCUUCAAGCAGCAUAUGUUUUCAGGCAAUGAGAUCAUAUCGACCAAUGCGCGCUCGUGCUAUAAAAAGCUCGCAGUGUAUGCACCUUCAAAAAGCAUGAUCAUCUUGACAAAGUCAGUCACCGUCCGGCUCAAGAUAGCGUCGACAGUGCAGCUGGAUAUCCUGCAUUAA